AACUCACCCGUAGCAGCCCCUGUUGCGUUCAGGAAUUUUCGCUUCUGUCAGCUGGCAGUGGUGACAGGGAUAAUUGCAGGGAGGUUUGUUGUGAUAUUAGCUAUCAGGUGUGCGUAAUGAACUUUCAGUGAUAGAGUCGAUUUGCAAUGGGCUCGUUUAAUAGCGUUUCUUUUCGGUAGCGUGGAAUCUGCUGGUACCUCGCCGGGUCAAGUUUGUGGAGGAAGGUGCAAUUUAUCGUGAAGUUGCCGGAAAGGUUUCUUUUGAACGCGAGUCCAUGGUGAACACCGUAGUCCUCGUCCCACAUUUUGAUAAACCUCAAACCCUAAUUGGCUAUGGAAAGAGUUAGGUCUUCCAUUGCACCGUUUUGGUGCAAUUGUUUGGAUUCUUAUCCGAGGUUUUCGAAAACUGUUGGCAGGGUGUUCGUUGCAAAUGUGAAGUGGUUGACUGAGUGGAGCGGGGGAUGGAUGCUUUAGCUUCAUGGCAAAAGUUGGCGAUGCAUGUGGAGGAGUGGAAUUUGGUGGAUAUUGAGGGUGUUGGAAGGAGUCAGCAGAGGCUAAAAGAAGCCGAAGUAGUAUGCGGGGGGCGCGUUUGAGUAAAAGAUCCCGUCGUGCAUGCAAGUCUAUGACCUCGGGGCGUGCUGUUGGCUGGUUUGGAUUGGAAUGUUGCAUAGUUUUUGUGCUCCGAAGAAGCGAUGGAGGAACAUGAGUCUGGGGAUAGGUCAGAUACAAUUGUGUCUGCACAGAUGGUCCCCGGCAUCUCUUCAUCUCCUCUCAUUCCUAUCGCCUCCAUAUUGGACUUACAUUACGUUCCUCUUGCAAAACUCUCUACUCCUGAUAUUGGGUACAAGAACGAUUCGGCUACUUCGUCUUCCGAGGUGCAAGAUGAAGUCACUUCCGUGGUUGAGUCGUCGAAAAUACUUGGCGAAGGUUCAGGAAAAGGAAGGGUCUUGUUAGCUGAGGAGGUUAGCGCCGAUGACAAGGUUGUCGAGGACUGCAUGCAUACCAACGUGGGUUUGGAUGAGAGAUCAGCAGAAACAGCUACAGAUUCGAUAGAUGUCUUGCAAGAAACCUUUGGCUUGGAUAACGGAGUGAAAAGGGAAGAUGCUCAGGAUCUGGAUUUAGCGCCAGAGGACUCUUUAGAUGACGACCAACCAUUGUGCAUAAUGUUGAAGAAGGAGAAGUUGAGAAAGCAUGGCUCCGGAAUGGUUGUUGGUAGAAGGGCGACGGAGGAGUCGAGUUGUCUUCCUCUUGGUGUUCUCUGCUCUUCAGUGAGUUCGCCAGGAACAGGAAAAGUGAAAUCCUCUUCUAAUUUGUCCAUACCAGAGUUGGUUGACGACACCGCUAAGAAAGUUGGACACGAUGAUGGGGCUGUGAAGGGUGUAACAUUGAGGAGUCGUCAGAAUAGCGGGCUUCAGAAGAGAAAUAGGAAAGGGAGCAUGAAGUUGUGGAAGGCUCCUCGACAGGCGAAGAAGCGCAGAUUUGUUAGGCACGAUGAUAUGGCGUACGAGGGCGAUAUGGAGUGGGAUGUGAUAGUGGGAGUGGCAGAGGUCCCAUCCGAUUGGAAUUGGCACUCUGAAAAAGACAGACUGAGCAGAGGGCGCAGCAAGGGUAGUUUGCCGUUUUCCUCUCACGGUCAGAUAUUUCCUGGGGAAGCUGCGGCGGUAGCGGCGGGUUUACGAGCCCGGACUCUGAGUGGGGCAGAAAGGAUCUGCUUCAAGGAUGCUUUGAAACGACGUGGGGGCCUUCAAGAGUAUCUGGAAUGCAGGAACUUAGUGUUGGGGAUGUGGGAGAAGGACGUGCAGCAUUUAUUGAUGAUGACUGACUGCGGCAUAUCGGAAGAACCAUCGAUGGGGGAGCCAGCUCGAGCUAGUUUGGUUCGUAGGAUAUACAGGUUUUUAGACUACCAUGGUUACAUUAACUUCGGUGUGGCGAACAAGCGGCAGAAGUAUGGAGAUGUUCACGUCAACAGACAUAAUAGCAACUCAAGAGGAAGUGAGAAUGGUGAGUCAGUAUUCGAGGGAGCAGAAUUGGACGUAGCUGAAGAAGUGGCACUGAUUCUUGGUCAAAUUCGAGGAAACCCGGACACAGGGACCUCGAAGGAGAAAAGUCAUGGCGAUGUUUCGAACGGAUGUGUAGAGUCUUCCGAAGAUGGAGAUGGAUCAACGGGGAUGACGGUAAACGGAAGCAGUCCGAUCCAUUCGCUGAUGAAAGCUGCUGCGGAUGGGGAGUCGGUACUCAUGGACAUCGACGUGGGUUUAAAUGUGGCUGUUGUGGAAUCCAUGUCGGUGGUGGAGCAAGACAACAAGGACGAUUGCAAGACGCUGAUUUCCUUUACCCAAAGCGUGAUUUGUAAACCGGAGCCUGAGGAGAAAUGCCAGGACCCUAGCGGAGUGGUAGACAAAGAGAUCGACGACAUGGCCACUCUGGACCAAGUGUUUGUUCGAAGGCGGCAUGGAUCGAAUGCGAGGAAGGUUAAGGCCGCGGGGUCGGAGUCUGUGAAAGCAAAAGUGUUCCACUUAGCUGCACCAAAAGACGAACUGGAUGAAUUUAAGAGCGCACAGGUGUUGCACGAACUGCACAAGUGCCAUGCACCCAUGGAAGGGCUGGUGGCGUUGAGGGCAGCGGCUCAUGUGGAGAGGCAGCGGAGCUCAAGAGUGAAGCAGGAGGGCGCGAAACGGGUGAUCGUGGUAGGUGCGGGGCCCGCAGGACUAUCAGCGGCUCGACAUCUGCAACGGAUGAAGUACCAAGUGACGAUCGUGGAGGCUCGGGAUCGAGUGGGUGGGCGUGUGUACACGGACAGGACGACAUUUUCUGCGCCUGUCGAUUUGGGGGCGAGCAUCAUCACGGGUGUGGAGGCUGAUGUUGCGACUGAGCGAAGGGCUGAUCCAUCUGCACUUUUGUGCAAGCAGCUGGAUUUGGAGCUGACGACGUUGCGAGGAGACUGCCCGCUAUACGACUCUGUGAGCGGAGCGAAGGUUCCUGCGGACGUCGACGCCGCUCUAGAAGCCGAGUACAACAGUUUGCUGGACGACACGGUGUUGAUGGUUGCCCAGAAUGGGGAUGCUGCGAUGCGGCUGUGCCUGGAAGAAGGCCUGGAACAAUGUCUGAAGAGAAAACGAUCCGGACGCUGUAGUGACGAACGUGUUGAUGUCUCGAAGACGGAGGAACGGUCAAAGGAGAGCAAAAUGGGAAUUAAAAGUUCCUCUUUCGAAAAAGUGUCGAUGGAAGAGUCGGAGAGGGUGGUAACAGUGACGGCAAGUGAGGUGGUUGGUGAGACGCUGACGACUAGCGAUCCAUCGGAGAACCUGGCAAUCGCAGAGUCUGCUGGCGAGGAGAAGGCUUGUACGAGGUUGGAGGUGGUGAAUGAAAGGACGACGGGCGGCGAGCAGGAGAGGGCGGAGAAGGGGGAUCUUAGCCAGAUGGAGCGGCGAAUUAUGGAUUGGCAUUUCGCGAACCUGGAGUACGGGUGCGCGGCGGAGCUGAAGGAGGUGUCAUUGCCUUACUGGAACCAAGAUGACGUGUACGGGGGAUUUGGAGGGCCUCACUGCAUGAUCAAAGGAGGAUACAGUCAGGCGAUGGAGGCAUUGAGCGAAGGUCUCGACAUCCAGUUCGGAAGGGUGGUUACGGAGAUCAGCUACAGCUGCAGCGAGGUGAAGUCGCGAGGCGAGGUGAAUCGGGAAGUGAGGGUGGUGACGGAAGAAGAGGAGUUUUUGGGCGAUACGGUGCUAGUGACGGUACCGUUGGGGUGUUUGAAAGCUGAGACUAUACAGUUUAGUCCUAGUCUUCCAGAGUGGAAGACGGCAUCGAUAAAGCGGUUGGGAUUCGGGGUGCUGAACAAGGUGUUGUUGGAAUUCCCAUCGGCUUUCUGGGACGAGAGUGUGGAUUACUUUGGAGCAGCGGCGGAGUGCAGCUCGGCUCGUGGGAAGUGUUUCAUGUUCUGGAACCUGAAGAGGACCAGUGGGCAUCCGAUCUUGGUGGCACUGGUGGUGGGUAAGGCGGCAAAGGAGGGGGAGAAAGAGGAGAGCGGGGAGCUAGUGGAGCACGCAGUGAAGAUUCUGAGGAGGCUGUUUGGAGAAGAGGCGGUGCCGGACCCGGUGGCAACAGCAGUGACGAGAUGGGGAAAGGACCCUUUCAGUCGGGGAGCUUACUCGUAUGUAGCGUUGGGGGCGUCAGGCGAGGAUUACGACAUCCUAGCGCGCCCGGUGGACAACUGCGUGUUCUUUGCAGGGGAAGCGACGUGCAAGGAGCACCCAGACACAGUCGGGGGUGCGAUGAUGAGUGGGUUGAGGGAGGCGAUAAGGAUGAUGGAUAUAAUGGAAAAUCGCGGGGACAGCAUGGCAGAAGCGGAAGCACUGGCUGCUGCCCAGCGUCAGUCGGACAGCGAGAGGAACGAGGUGAGGGAUAUGAUGAAACGGUUGGCAGCGGCGGAGCUUUCGAAUGUACUGAGGGCAGAGACGGGAGCAACGUACGAAAUGGGCCCUCUGAGCCGCGCAGAUCUUUUGAAGGAUAUGUUCGGUAACGCAAAGACCACAGCAGGACGACUUUUCCUGAUUAAGGAGAUGUUGCAAUUGCCACUAUUUCCUCUGAAAGCUUUCGCUGGGACGAAAUCUGGACUGGAGAUUUUGAAUACCUGGAUAAUGGACUCGAUGGGCAAGGAUGGGACUCAGCUACUUCGGCACUGCGUUCGACUGCUUCUUGUGGUGGCCACUGACCUACUUUCUAUUCGUCAAUCGGGUGUGGGCAAAACUGUGAAGGAGAAGGUGUGGAUGCACACAAGUCGUGAUAUUCGAGCGGUGGCGGGCCAGCUUGUGAAACUCUGGAUGGAAAUUUUCAGACGGGAGAAAGCACAAGGGAUGAUUAAAUCUAUCAGGAAGUCUGUUGGAAGCUCACCGAAUGUUUCUACAGUUCAUCCGAUUGCGAAAGUAAAAGAUGCCCAAAAGUAUGCGCCGGGUAGCGGAAAGAUGAUACCUUCACCCUCUGGCGUUUCAAAGUGUAGGCCUCCCAACCAACCUGCUUCACCUAAUGGCGAUUCUCCGUCAGGUGGACAAAGCAAGGUAUCGAACGGCGAGGAGCUGAGGAGCGAUGAGCCCAACGUGCAAGGUAAUCCAAGCACAGAAAUAUGGAGGGAUACAGAAUCCAGAAAUGCGGACAGGCCGUUCUCCGACUUGGAGAUCAAGGCCAUGGAGACCGCAGAGCAGGCGCGGGCUGCAGCAGCUGCAGCUGCAGAGGCAUAUGCACAAGUGGAGGCUCAGCGAAAUGCUCUUCCACAAUUGCCAAAGAUUCUAUCGUUUCAAAAAUUUGCAAAGCGUGAGAAGGAGGAUUAUGUUGAUUGGAAGACGAAAUGCUGGCUUGGGAUGGCAGACAAUUCUCCAGCAUCGACAGCCUUCAACCAUCUACCAGCUUUCGAGCGGACAGGGGUUCAAGAAAUUAGCUGCGUGUCGAAUGGUCUGAUGAUUAGCGAUGAUGCCAUUGGUGGCCUUGAUCAGAGUGCGCUCCGUAAGCACGGGGAGGGAUUGGUCUCGUGUUUGCCAGUCAUUAGUGUCGCAGCGACCGACACGAAUGGGCACUCUGAAGUCCCCCCCGAAGGUUUAGGAGCAAGUGCAGAUCUCGGAAAGACCUCGAUGGAUAUUGUGAUUUCUUCCAAUUGCGUAAGAACCGAUUCGUCGUGCGCAGUAAGAGAGGAAGCUGUUAGUGGAAUGGAGAGUCUGGCGGGAAGAGUGGAGGGCACAGGUACAGCGUCACCAGACGUGGUAUGUGUGCAGCUAAGUGCCGCACAUACAGACAAACGGAAGGGGGCAGAUGCUAUCAAGAAGGCGGUCUCAGAUUACGUGGUUCAGCUUUUGACUCCUCUGUAUAAGACCAGAAAGCUAAAGAAGGAAGACUUCAAGUCUAUUGUGAAGAAGUCGACUGCCAAGGUGAUGGACCGGAACACUUCAAGAGACAACAUCAUGGACGUCUCUGAGUUUUUGAACUUGAAACGGAAAGUUAAGAUACGGUCUUUGGUGGACAUGUUUAUAGAGAGACACCUGAAAGGUGAUUCGCAUUGAUGGAUGAGGAGCACUUCCGUGAUGGAUUGCAGAUAUAGGACGAAGAUUGUGUCAAGCAACUGUCUCUUCAUGUACUUCUGAGUACUACUGUAUGAUCAUGUGAGUCUUUAUAGAAAUUUGUUAUUUAUUUUUUGCUUCACUUAAAUUCUCUCAAAAUUUGAAACGAGUCUCCAGUGUGCCUACACUUAAGGCCCUGGUUAAAGACGUUUGAUUUUCCUUUCAUCUUCCUUUUUGAAAGGGUUCGCUUCCUUUCUAUAAUCAUGUCGCUAAGGGUAGCACAAUUUAAGACAGUUGUAACGAGAGCUUGUAGAACUGGUUCACCAAAAUUCUCUAUUUGGAGGAAUGCUUAAGCGGUUGUAGGUGGCGAUGUCGGCAUCUAGUGCGAUUUCAUGUAGUCUCAAUUAUAUUUGUACUGUGAGAAGCAUCAAAUUAAUGGAUGGUAUCACUGGUUAAUACUUGAGUGUGUAAACUAGCGAAGCCAGUAUCCACAUUCAA